AUGGCUCGUGAUACUACCUCUACCGAAGCAACACCCCCUAUAGUGGAGCUUGCCAGACACGACACAAGCUCGUCCACAGGAAGCGCACUCCGACCACCUCACGGUAAUUGGGCACUCAACAUUAGUGGUGUUUGUUCAAAAUGCAAUCAUUACAACAGCUCGCUCCAGGUGCAUGUGAGGAUUUCAGACGAUUCGACACAGUCCGGCGAUAUAUACUGCAAAAGGUGCCGGGGCCUAUGGGCGGUUUUUGGGAAAAACAAUGCUACGCGAUUGUCCCUUCUCUCUGCCAUCAGUAUGGAACCAGACCCCAUAGAGGCAGAGUUUCGCGGCACUCUGGUUCAAAUGAUACGGUCUACCAUGCCUGUUGCGGUACUUUCUGCAACUCUUACGGUUAUUCCAGAAUCGGCUGGACCAUCGCGUGGGACGUCCGUCCGUUCUGCUGCUAGGAGUGACCCCCAGAACCCUGCAGCUACGGUCAUCAACGAUACACCACCAACCGCCGAUGAGACGGAGGAUGGACACAAGCAUUCAAACAACAGAAAACGCAUCAAGCUCAGCAAGCAUACUUGGGGAAAGGGCCGAAAAAUCCUUAUCCGUGUUCAGCAUAAAGCCAAAGCGGGGUUCUCCAGAUUGCAAGGCUUUCCCUUUGGUCUCGGGAGAUGGUUUUCAAAGGAGAGCCCAGAGUAUGGAAGUCACCAGCAGGAGCCCACACGCCCGUCAUCCCGUGUAUCGCCCACAAUGGUGGUCACACCAUCACUUCCCGAGGAAGAGCCGCAAACUCAAGCCGAGGCCGAUACCACCUUCGAUGCGACUGCGCUCGAUGUAUGCGCCUCUUCGACAACCACUGUCGAUGCACUAGCUGCACUCAAGGCCUUGAACCCUCAAGCCCUGCAGGCUUUGCCUCCACAGCAGAGGAUUGCAUGGGGCCGUCAGCAACUCACACAUUUUAAAGCUUGUCACACUGCUACUACGGCCACUCCUGCCACAAUCCACAGCGAAUCCCUGACUGACCGUACCGAAAUUCUGCCUACAGUGGAUUACCCGCCUUUUCGACGGCACUCUGUACACUCUUUAGCAUACGUUGGACACGCAUUCGAUACGCGCGAUAACUGGAGCAUAUACCGAGACAGCAGCCGUCCGUUUAGCAUCAGCGAGACUAACCUUUCUGACACGGACACUCUUGUCGACGGGGUGAGCGUAUCCUCCUCGCCCCGCCACAUUCUAAUCGAGAGCCUCCACCGCAACCCCCGCAGAUCGUUAUCGCCACGACCUCUGUCCAUGCAAAGUGCUAUACAGGACUGGGCGCAUGUGCGUCGCAACCGAGCCGAGGCCCGGCGCUCCAUCGACUCGACCGCAACAGGCGGUGCAGUCCGAAGCAUCACCGCUCACAACCGCUUGUCCCGCACAUCCAUGCACCGCGCGUCUUCAGUUUAUGGUGUCGACCCAGCCUCUUCACAAGUCCAAGUCCGGAUCGACGAGGAGUCGGACGGGUCACAGAGGCCACGAUCGCCCUCGCCAUCACGACUGGACCCUGGUAUAGACACGGCUCGGGAAUAA